GAUUAUUCUUAAAAUAUAAGUAAUUUUUAUAGUUAUAAAGAAGAAGAAUUGAAUGCAAUGUGACAAAUGAGAAAGAAAGGAAAAAGAAGAAUAUAAAAAUUUUAUGCACUAAUAAAGAUAUAAUUUGUCUUAAUUAUAAAUAUCUAUCAUUACUAUUUUUUUUUUUAUAAUGAAACCCAUUUUUUAUUAAUAUUAUUUCUUCUCUCUCUUUCCUUUUCUUUUCUUUCCUUUUUAAAAUGAAUCAUAUUAGUUCAACAUUAAAUGACGACAAUAAAUCAGUAAAUGAAGUUGACUGGAUAGAUACAGAUGCAUCUGAAGAUGAAGAUUAUUUACCUCAAUUUCCUCUUGAACAACAAAUCUCUAUAAUAAUACCUUCAUUUAAAAGCCAGGAAGAUGAAGAUGAAGAUAGAAAAAGAAGUCGUAUAAAUUCAUUAAGUUGGGAUAUAAAUACAAGGGAAUUAUUUCGACGUAAAUUAUGUAAUGAAACACCAAAUGAUAAAGUACGUCAAGCCAUUGAUUCAACGAUUGAUAAUGGACUUGAACAAGUGGAUAUUAGUAAUAUAGGCUUGAUUGAAAUACCAGAUGAGAUUGGCGAACUCAGAUAUGUUACAGUUCUUCAUAAUGAUAUAGUCAAAGCUGCCUCAUUACAAUUAUAUCUUUACAAUAAUGAUAUUACAAGAAUAAAUCCUAUAUUAUUUCAAUUGAAGAAUCUAACAGUAUUAAGUCUUCGAAAUAACCAUUUGAAGUUUAUUCCACCUGAGAUUGCCUUACUUGAGAAUUUAGUAGAACUUUCACUAGGAAACAAUCAGUUGACCUAUUUGCCAGGUGAAUUAUUGAGAUUAAAAAAGUUAAGCAUAUUAUCUUUAUUACCUAAUCCAUUUAUUUCACUUCCGGAAAAUCGUUCACAUUAUCAGCAACUUAAACCAGUGACUGUAACAAGUUUAACUGAAAUAGCAACUCGAUUCAUAUUAGCCAACUCAUCUAUAAAAUUACAUAAAUAUUCAAGCAUUAUACCAGACCGCUUAUUACAUCGCUUUCAAUCCAUAUCAUCCGUCCAUCAUUGUGAACAUUGUAAUAUAUUAUUCCAUUCACCUGAUGUCGAAGAACUUGUGUGGAGAAAUGUUGCCGGUAAUCAUCAUAUUCCUGUAUUAUAUCGUUUUUGCUCUAUUGUCUGUCGUAAUAAUUUCCCUCUUAUUCAAAAAUUAUCUAAUAAAUCCUAAUAAUUUAUAAUAACAUGAUGGCCACCAAUGAAUGAAAAAAAAUGGAUGAGCCAAUGAAUGGACGGAUGGAUGUGGAUGCAAAUCCAUCUUGCUAUUUAUCGGUUAUUUAAAAUUUAAAAGCCGUUGUCCAAUCAUAUAUUUAGAAAUAAGGAGGGACGGGCUUUUUUCAAUUGUAAUUUGACCUUUCAUCUAAUGAUUC